AUCAACCUUGAAUAACCUCGAUCAUAUAGCGUGUUAUCCGAAUUCUGCGCAUUCGAACGCCCGGCCGUCGUCAAUCCGUAUUUACAUUCUACAUACACUUCCGCUCUGCCAUGUGCGGAAUAAAUUAGCCAUUCCUUAGUCAGUAAUCGAUCGUCGAUUCGUUUCUGUCUGACUGUAAUCCCAACGUUUCAUCGCGUGUCUCUUGAUAUUCGUAUUUGCGAGAAAGUGCUAACUUCAGUUCGUUCCGCCUCGUCUGCGAUCCACAUAAGACGAAGCACAACAAACAAAGGUCAAUCGUGCGUGUCGGUCGGUAUUCGCGUAUAUUCAUCUCUGCCAGAAAAACAUUCGAUUAUCUCCCCUUCAGUUGUUUGGUCCGAAUGAAAUCUCACGAUUCGCGUGACAUUGAAAUUGCCCUCAAGUACACGUACUCAAACAUUACUCGGAAAAAUAUUCCACGCGUGUAAUGUACGCAUGUUUGUGUUUGAUGUGAAACAUCCGUACGUCGAGUGAAUACCUAAAAUAAAUAAGGCUCGCCAACAAAAAGAUUCAACGAGGUUGACAGCGAUCGCGGGGAACCCGAAGGAGAGGAUAAAUUUAGUGCGCGUUGAUUGAACACACUGAUCACUUGUCACAAAUUCACAGACGAAACGAAAUCGUCGGUGGUUUCAGCUGUAAGAGAGACUGUUGUAUCAUCCUGUAAUAAUUUUCACGUGUGUGUGUGUAAAUAACAAUCGAGACUUAAUGGACGCUACAAAAAUUUCUUGGCAUAGGAAAAUCGGCGACGAGUUGUAACGAUGAACACUGUCGCCGAAGGAAAAUUUACGAUUCAAACAAAGUGAAGUGAGAAAAUUGGAUCCGUGCCAACGUGCGGCUGAUUUAUAUCACGUGACGUGUAAAACCGAGAGGAGACGAUUAGUCGCCGAAUUAAUCUUGCAUCGUUAGUUCUCCUUAACAUAUUUAUGUGAGUGUUGGUGAAGUGUCUUCUUCUUCUCCUUCCUCUUCGUCUUUCGAUUGGAGACCUCCCGGAGCAGCUGGUAGGCUGGUGGUGUUUAUCCUAGGAUACACAAGUGAGUGCAGUGUUGAGACGAUAAGUCUGUUCCCAUCACUUAUCAAGUCAUAAGUCUCUACAUGAAGCUGUUCGCCACGGUGCAACCUAAUAGGAUAAUCGUAUCGUUUCAUCAUUCGAGGAUUUGACGGUUGGGAUUCUUCGAUCGAUUAAAAAUACUACGAGGAGAAAACAAAAUUCUACAAACACAAAGUGCAACGGAAGCACACAGAAGAAGGAGAAGAAGAAGAAAAAGAAGAAGAAGAAGAAGAAGAAGAAGAAGAAUUCAAAAGAGCAGUAGACGGCAUCGACGAGGCGAGUCGGUGGUGCGGGAAAGAUGAAAGCGACAGGAUGCGAAGACAACGGAACCGGAUCCGGCGGUAAAGCGGUCGGACAUGGGGUCGUCGAGAAUUCGGAGCGUUCCAAAGACGAGGAGAAUUUGUCGCAGCAACCCCAACCGCUGGUAGGUGAAGCUGGGCCCAGCGGCGACGAGACGAUCAGAACCCCUUUGAGACGCAGCCUCUUCGCCCACGUGGCACCCUACGUAGUCUUCCAGCCUCUCGAUGCGAGGGGACCGACACUGCCGAGUGCAAUUGGUAGGCACCUGAAGUGGCGAAUGAGUCCGAUAACACCGCUGCUAGUCCGGCGAACAGUGACGAACUCGGGGUAUCGUAUGGUGCAUCAAUCGCCGGAAUGGUGCGGGGUCUGGGGAAAGCACAUGAAGAGCCUGAACUUCAAGUCGGUCCGCGAGUCCCAGAAGGUAAACCACUUUCCCGGGACCUAUCAGCUCGGGCGUAAGGACCGACUGUGGCGGAACCUUAGCAGGAUGAUUGUCAAGUACGGUAAGAAGGAGUUCGGAUUCGUUCCCAGGACCUUCGUUCUCCCGCAGGAACUCAGGUGCUUCAAACAGGUCUGGGAGAAGGCCGCAGGACGCGAGAAGUGGAUCAUCAAGCCCCCAGCGUCCGCCCGCGGUACCGGAAUUCGCGUUGUUCAUCGCUGGUGCCAGAUCCCGAAGAAGAAAGCCGUCAUCGUCCAGCAAUACCUCUCGAAGCCGAUGCUCAUCGACGGCGCGAAGUUCGACCUCAGACUCUACGUCCUUGUGACCAGCUUCAACCCCCUCAGGCUCUACAUCUAUCCGGACGGCUUGGUCCGUUUCGCCUCCGAGAAGUACGUCGAGGACUUGAACUGUCUGAGCAACCGGUUCAUGCACCUGACCAACUACAGCAUCAACAAGGCCAGUGCCAGCUACACAAGCAACGACAGCGCUGACUCGUGCGCCGGGCACAAGUGGACCCUAAAAACUCUCUGGUCGUACCUCAGGGAAAAGAAGAACGUCGACGUGGAUCGACUCUGGGUAGCGAUGAAGGACAUCGUCGUUAAGACGAUGGUCUCGGCCGAGGCCUCUAUCGACUCGCUCACCUGGGGUAACGUCGCCUCGAGGUACACCUGCUACGAGCUCUUCGGAGUCGACAUCCUCCUCGACGAACACCUCAAGCCUUGGCUUCUCGAGGUCAACAUCUCGCCCUCGCUCCAGUCCUCGUCACCGCUGGACGUCGCCGUCAAGGCGCCGAUGAUCAGGACCGUGUUCAAUAUCGUUGGCUUCCAACUUCCGCCGGCCGCGAUGCCUCCCGCUAUUCUCGAGGAGUUCGCCAAACGGCACAACCUCGAUCCUGUUCGCCAGGACUUGAGGGUCCACCACGUCAGUCUCGAUAACGCGGAGAAGACGAAGCACAACUUGUUCUCCAACCAGCACAAGCGGGAGAGGUACCUUCAGGACAUAAUCGAGGACCUCACACCCGACGACGUAAGAAACCUGAUCAUAUACGAGGACGAACUUACGCAGCUCGAGUCCUUCGAGAAGAUCUUUCCGACCAAGACCAGCCACGAGUACCUCCAAUACUUCGAAGUUCCGAGGUACUACAACAAGCUCUUCGACGCAUGGGAGACAAAGUACGCAGAUAACAGGACCGAGGGCAUCACCAGGCUUCAAAACUUGUGCUUGGCGAAGUACCAUUUGAUUCAACCGGCAAAAGCGGUAGUUUAGAUAGACGAUAGAUAGUUAGGCAAACGCAAUUAUCGAA